CUGGUAGCCAUCUUGGAUGUGCGGGGUGAUUGUUUAGCGAGAAGAAUUGACAAAUUUAUUUUAAAAACUAAGCCUUAAUAUUGAAGUGCUGAGGAUUUGUUGGAGCUUACCGACAGAGGAACUCAAUCUCAACACGGAAAAAAGCAGUGAAAGAAGGCAUGAAGACAUCAUCUUAGUCAUCAGUCAUGGCCGAUAAAAGGAAACUUCAAGGGGAAAUAGAUCGAUGUCUGAAAAAAGUAGCGGAAGGAGUGGAGCAGUUUGAAGACAUUUGGCAAAAGCUUCACAAUGCAGCCAAUACAAACCAGAAGGAGAAAUAUGAAGCGGACCUCAAGAAAGAGAUUAAAAAGCUGCAGCGCCUUCGAGACCAGAUUAAGACGUGGGUGGCAUCCAACGAGAUCAAAGACAAAAGGCAGCUAAUAGAGAACCGGAAACUCAUAGAAACGCAAAUGGAGCGCUUUAAAAUAGUUGAAAGAGAAACGAAGACAAAAGCGUACUCAAAAGAAGGACUCGGCCUUAUCCAGAAGGUGGACCCGGCGCAGAAGGAGAAGGAAGAGGUCGGCACCUGGCUAACGAACACGAUAGACACGUUGAACAUGCAGGUGGACCAGUUCGAGAGUGAAGUGGAGUCUCUUUCAGUCCAGACGAGAAAAAAGAAAGGAGACAAGGAGAAGCAGGACCGGAUCGAGGAGCUGAAAAAGUUUAUCGAGAAGCAUCGGUAUCACAUCCGAAUGCUGGAGACCAUACUGAGGAUGCUGGACAAUGACUCACUGCAGGUCGAAUCCAUCAGGAAGAUCAAGGAUGAUGUUGAGUACUACAGAGAGUCAUCGCAGGAUCCAGAUUUUGAGGAGAACGAUUAUAUAUAUGACGAUCUCGACCUGGAUGAAUUCCCUCAACCAUUACUUGCCACCUCCCCACCAGGACCCUCGCACUUGGAGGACGAGAUCUUCCAGAACUCCAGCAGCACACCGACCUCCACCACCUCAUCCUCACCAAUCCCUCCUUCGCCUGCCACUUGCACUGCGGAGAACUCAGAAGAUGACAAGAAGAGGGGACGUUCGACGGACAGUGAAGUCAGUCAGUCACCGGUGAAGAAUGGAAAUCCCUCCUCGUCAUUAUCUUCAUCCUCCUCUUCCUCCUCUUCGUCUUCUUCCGCCUCGGGGCUCACCUCAUCCUCUCUGGUUUCUGUUGCGGGCAGAGGCAUCGGCGGCUCUGGAAGCAGUCAUCUUAGUGCAGUGGGGGGUCCUUUCUCCAACACCUUAGCCAGCAGCUACAGCAACGCCACGCAGCAGCCGCCUCACCCGUCGGUGCAGCAGCAGCAGGCCAAAAACUCGCCGAGCUCUUCGGCUCCCAUCAACUCCAGCACCUCCACCAACAGCCACAACGCCUCGUCGGCGUCCUCGCCACCCAGCACACAGGGGCUCCUGACUUCGAACUCCCUGCCCCAGGCGCCUUCAGGUCCUACGGCGACUUCCAACAGCCUUGGCCUCAGUCUGGGGCCCUCUCUGGGGAAAAGCUCCAUCUCCACCAGCCCCGGCCUGUCAGGGAUGCCGGCGUCCCUAAGCAAUAUGGUGGGUCUUCUCUCAAGCUCCACCCCAACUCCCUACGCUCAGGCGGCCGCCUCGGGCACAGCCAGCUCAGGGUUACCGGGGUCUCUCGGCGGCGUCAGCAGCACAACGACCAACAGCGGGGUGGGCGCCAUUGGUAGCAGCAGCAUCGCGGUCGGCGGGCCGACGUUCUCGCAGGGAGGCAUGCUCGGCACGCUCGGCACGGCUUCUAUAGUGGGGAGUGUCGGCUCGGGGAUUCUGGGUUUGGGUUUGGGUUCAGGUCAAUCGGGAGUGCAGGGAUCUUCCCUGGGGCCGCAGAGCCCCAUCGGGAGCUUAGCUCCUGGAAGCGGAAUAGGAGUUAUCGGAAGCAACAGCGGCAGCUCAGGAUCCGCAGGGAGCGGAGUCGGAGGAGGAAGCUCAUCCCUGUCCGGUCGACCGCCGAGCAGACCGAAGCAGAAUGGUAGCACCAGUCACAGUGCUGUGGUAGCAGAUAGCACAACAGACUCUGCCCUCAACAGUGCCACCCAAUCACAAAGCAGCCAAUCCUCAUCUCUGACCUCCACAGCCAAUCAGCUUAAGGACACUGGUCCCAGUUUACUUGGCUCCAUGGGUUUGUCGUCCACCUCUCCAUUGCCGGUGUCCUACAGUGAGGCUAAAACAACAAGCGGUGGAAGCCUUCAGAACGGGCCGCUGUCCUACUCACAACCACCCGAAAGCAUCAAGCCCCAGGAGCCUCUGAGCAGGUCCAUGGCCGAGCGAGCAGCGCCCAGCUCAGGGAUUGAGGGAGAUGUGUCCUCCCUGCACCUUACUUCAGACAUCUUCCCAAGCAGCACUACGACCCCUUCGGGGCCCCCGUCAGCACCUCAGUCCUCCCUGUCAGAGGUCAGCAUCCUCCCGUCACUGGGCGUCUGUCCACUGGGGCCAGUUCCCCUUUCCAAAGACCAGCUCUACCAACAGGCCAUGCAGGAAGCGGCGUGGACGCACAUGCCCCACCCGUCCGACUCAGAGAGAAUAAGGCAGUACCUUAUGAGGAACCCCUGCCCCACCCCACCUUUCCACCACCAGAUGCCACCACCUCAUUCCGACACUGUAGAGUUUUACCAGAGGCUUUCCACGGAAACGUUGUUCUUCAUCUUUUACUACCUGGAGGGCACGAAGGCCCAGUAUCUGGCAGCCAAGGCCCUGAAGAAGCAGUCAUGGAGGUUCCACACAAAGUACAUGAUGUGGUUUCAGAGGCACGAAGAGCCCAAGACCAUCACUGAUGAGUAUGAGCAGGGAACAUACAUUUAUUUCGACUAUGAGAAGUGGGGCCAGCGGAAAAAAGAGGGGUUCACCUUUGAGUACCGGUACCUAGAAGACCGAGACCUCCAGUGACACGCACAGACACCGACGAACGGACAGCUGAGAAAGUAAGAGGAGGACAGACAGACAAACGAAUGAAGACGGGUGAUCCGCCUGCUGACAUUCCUGGAUUUGACCUCAGCUCUCUGGGGGGAAAGGAGACUGAAGGGUCAGCGUAGGGGUGGGGAAGGGGGCGUGGCCAGGUUUGCAAAUGCACAUUUGAAGCCCCCUUCCUCCCGCCUGACCCUCCAAACCCGCCUUACUAUCCUCACACUGACAGAGACAAUUCCUCCCACCCUGUCAUCUCCUUACUCCUUCUCUUCUCCUCCAUCCCUCCAUCAUAUUAUUUUUAUUUGCGUCCUUUAUUAGCAGCCAGAUAUAAAAUCAGUCUUGGUUAUCAGAGAAUUAUGUGCUUUUCGUGCUCUUGCGCUGACUUUACGUUCUCUCAGUCCCAUGAGGACCAAAGAGAUUUUAUACACGCAAUUAUUUAAGAAAUCGGAGAAGUAACCAUCAAAUGCCGCAGCAAGAAACAAUUUCUACCUGUUUUUCCACAAACAAUUUAAGCAAACAUGAUUUUAAGCCCUGAAAACUUCUUCAGAUGAUUGUAGAGGUUCAUAAUUGUUCAAUUUAGACCGAAAAUGUUAGAUCCUGUCAUUCCACCCUGCUGUUCCCUCGAGUGUUUGUUCUCGCCUCAACAACCUGACUUCACCUUUCCGUUAACACCACCGCCGCUCCGACGCCAGUGGCUGUUUGUCGUAGGUGGCACCACGGGCCUCGCUCUACUCUGUUGUGUUCCUUUAUAAAAGCCCAAAGAGCAUUUUUGCGAGGUCCAAAAUUAUCCUGCACUGUUUUUACUUCCGUCAGGCCUGUGGUGGAGGAGGGUGACACACAGCCAGAGAGGUGCUGGUAGUAACCGACUCUUACCUGGUGGGCAGCGUUAUGUCACGCUCUGCAAACAGAUGCACAGAAAUAGAAUCCAACUUCAGGUCUCUUUCCUCUGGCGGUAUCUGUUUACAUGGAUUGUUUUUCGCACCAACAAGGAGAAGGUGAACCAAAACAACGAGACAAAAAUGUCCUGGAUACACUUUUUUCAUUGACUGCGACCUUUAAAGCAAACAAAUUCCUAAAAAAAUAUGGUGUGUCGAGGAACAGAGGUUGAGAGCAACUAACGCAUGUGCAAAAACAGAAAAUUCAAGUAAAUAAAGAAAAGAUAUUUCAUCAAAUCUACAACAGUGCUUCAAAUAAAACACAACUGAAUAGUUUUCCUUCUUGAAAAUCUCACAGUUAAAUCAAAUCGAAGUCAUCUAAGAACAUAAACUAAUAGACCAGAACUGUAAAGGCAAGUUUUUAUCUUUUGAAACAAAAGCUAAGAUGUAAUAGUGUUUUUUACACAAUUUUAUGAACUUGCAUUUAUUGUGAGAUUAUAUAACGCAGAUCUUAUUCAAUUCUGUUGUAUUUGCAGAGCACUUCUUUUCCUGUUUUGGCUGUGAAUUUGAAGCUCUUUUGAUGUUUUAUAAAGAUUGGAUUUGCACUUAUAGCACAUUAUUUAAGUUACUGCAGAUAAUUCAGGGCAUAUUCUACUAAAGCAGCAAUUUGAGUAAUAGACAGCAUCAUAUCUGGAUUUUCUGAUGAAUUGGGAGAAAUUGAAGCGAUUUGUAAUUAAUCCUAAUUGGAAAAUUUGUGAGUGAAGAACCCAACGACACCUACCAUCGCCGCGGAAACACUUACAAGCUUGUUUUCUGCUUUCUGAUGAUUUCAAUCAGUGAAAACAAAAACUGCCAGCAUGACUAGAUUUAGCCAGAUUACAAGAGAGGAUCCUUGAACAUGAAAAGCUGCAGGUGUGAUGAGUGCUGCAGGUGUUGGAUGCUUCCAGCAGCCAGGUUUGUUUUGCUCAUUCAGGCCCAGCUUCCUCCUUUCCUUCCUCCUCCUCCUCCUCUAUGUGCCAAAGAGCACAAACACCAGCACUGCUGCCCACUUCUCCUCUGUCCUGCAGGUCUCUGCUUCAUGUUUACACUCUCAUGGAUCCAAUUAAAUUCACAAUGAACUCACACAUACAUAACAGCCUGUGUACCAUCCUGAACACCUGGACCACUUCCUCGUUUUGUCCCUCUUUCUUUGUUUCUCUCUCAGCCAGACUCCCCCCUUCCCCUUUUUCUUCUUCUUCAUGCCAGGUAGAUAUUUCCUUUAUUUCUCAGGAAGUAUUCAAUUGACCAUUUUAUGAGGAAAUGUAUCAGCCAGCACAACAACAAGCGAGCAACCUUUCAGCAGCAAUUCGUACUUUUAAUUUUGGCCUCAUUUGGAAAGUGUUUGCCUGUAUUCGUACUCAACAGUGGCCCUUUUCAUUUCACAAAAAAACAAACAAAAAGCAUUUUUCUUUUUUAAUAAAAUAAACAAAUAUUCUCCAAUGUUUGGAGCAGCUGCUGAAAGAGAAACCAUCUUUAUAUUUUGUAUUUGUUGUGGUAGAUUGUAUAUUACUUUUUUGUUUUCAGAAGUGAGGAAAAUCAUUUUAAAGAAAACACAAGGAUGGGGCUCUGUGUCCUUUUAACAGAUCAGUUACUUCUUGACAGGAGUUUUUUGUUGUUGUUUUUUUUAAAGCCAAACACAAAGACGAGACACAAACCUGACACGUAUUCACUUGACUGACAGUCCUGCUUUUAACCUUUUUUGUUUACUGAUUUUUGACAAGUGGGCGGGACGAGAGGUCGAGCCCAAAUGUGAAUCUCUUUGUGCUCCUUGUCAAAAGUGUUGAAUAGACUCUCAUUCUUUAAACCUCUCCUUUUUGUUUUGUUCAUUUUUUUUCCGUUUGUUGUUGUCGUCAGACAGCAUGGAAUAAUGACACUUGCAAAGUGGCGCUGAAAAAGUAAAUGAUGACAUAACCAUGAUAAAAGGAUUGUAAAAUAUUAAUAAAAGAAUUACUUUUCAGAAA